AGUUGGCAAAUAGGCAAUGAAGUUGAAAUGAUUGCAUAGAAGCCAUUAGGAUUACAGCGGAGACAUAGUCGCAUACGUGAAGAGUUUUGUUAAAAGUAAAAUAAAGAAACGAUGGUAUGAUUGAAGAUACGAUGUGUCUUAUUAAAAUGUGCAGUUUUAUUUCUGUUGAUAUUUUUAGAAUGGAACAACACUGACAGAUAGACUCGGUGAGAUUUUUAGCUUAUUUAUUAUAUCUGUUUUCACGAUAAUCUCUUGAGCUUCACAGAUUGUGGGAGGAGAGAGAAUUGAAGAGGGUCACCCUCGUCUCUCUCUCCCUUUCUUCUUUGCAUCAUCACCUUUUCCGCCAUCCGAUUCCGUAAUCCGGCGACGGGGGUUACACGUCGUCGUUUUGCGUCCAAGGUGGUGUCAUUGAGAAACGAGAGUUCGACAUUAACCUCUUUUUCUUAUUUUUUGGUUAAGAAUAAGGUGCCGAGGAAGUGCUUCCAAUAUCUUCGGUGUUUAUAGGAAAAAUAAUAUGACAAAUACAGAGUGGAACGCUUCAAAUUUCGAUCAAGCAGAGAAGCAUAAAGUGAUGGCUAACGAGAAGGGCAAUUGUUGUAAUUCUCUUCGGAAUACUAAGAAAUUCACUCCGGCACCACCUCCUAUGCCCCAUUCAGCAGCAACCGGUUGUCCAUGCGAGUGUAUGGCACCGAAUAAUUCAGCACCAACAUGGCGCAGCACCAAUGUCUCUUCAACAACAAAAGAUAUGUGGGAGCGUCUUUUUGAUCAAGGUUAUAAUGCAGAUGUUUGCAUUAAUACUGAUAACGGUGGCGUUGUUUAUGCUCAUUCUACUAUUCUUGCUAUGGCUUCUCCCGUAUUGAGAGGUAUGCUGAAGCAAGCAAAUCGUCAUCGUCGAUGGCGAACAAUCUCAAUCCUUGGGGUUCCGCAUGAUGCAGUUCGUGUUUUUAUUCGAUUCUUGUACUCAUCGAGUUAUGAGAAAGAAGAAAUGGAUGAAAUGGUAUUACAAUUGAUGGUGCUGUCACAUGCAUACAUGGUUCCUCACUUGAAGCGCGAAUGUGAACAGAAGCUAGAAUUGGAUUUACUCAACAUAGAUAAUGUAGUUGAUGUAUUUCAACUUGCAUUACUGUGUGAUGCUCCACGGCUCAGCCUUAUUUGUCACCGUAAAAUGCUAAAAAAUUUUAAAGCUGUUUCAGAGUCUGAAGGAUGGAAAGCAAUGAAGCAUAGCCACCCAGCUUUAGAAAAGGAAAUUCUGGAAUCAGUGAUUGAUGAAGAAAAUAGUAAAAAGGAUCGGAUGAGAAAAAUCAAAGAAAGAAGAAUCUAUAUGCAAUUAUACGAGGCAAUGGAAGCUCUUGUUCACAUAUGUAGAGAUGGUUGUAGAACUAUUGGCCCCCAUGAUAAAGACUUCAAAUCAAACCAACCGUGUAAGUAUGAAGCAUGCAAGGGGCUAGAAUUGCUUGUUCGUCAUUUUGCUGGAUGUAAAUUGAGAGUUCCUGGAGGUUGUGUUCAUUGCAAGAGAAUGUGGCAACUAUUGGAGCUACACUCUCGACUAUGUGCUGAUCCAGAUUACUGUAGAGUUCCUUUGUGCAGGAACUUUAAGCAGAGAAUAUCAAGACAAAGCAAGAAAGACGAAAUUAGGUGGAAAAUAUUGGUUGAAAAGAUAUUGAGAACAAGAGGAAUUGGAAUAGCAUCGUGCUUUCGGCUGCAAUGAAUAUGACUAUGUGAAAAUGGUAUGUUUUUGGUCAGGGUACUUGUCCAAGGACCAUGACGCAUUUGGAAGAUUGACUAUGGAUUAAGUAGCCCAACAAUAAUCUACCCUAAACAAAAAUUAUCCAAAUAUUAGAGGCUGACAGUGCUUAAAUUACAGGAAUUUAAAUAAUAUUGGUGGAUCAUUAAAACAACUGAAAGAUUAUUGCAAUGCCUGCUUAUACUUUAUAUUUUAUAAAUUACCAGCAUUUUAUAGAUUAUAAUUUAUUUUUGAUGCACUGUUAAUGUAAAAUUUUAUAUACUAAUAAAUAAUUAGAAAAUAUAUAAUUUGUAUAAAAUUUAAAU